AUGUCUUCAAUCCUAAACUCAAUUGGCCUCCGCGCCGCCCCGGGCGAGCAGGCCCCUAACUUUGCUGCCGGCUUCCUGGUGGCCAACUGGGUUUUCGCGUACGCUCUAAUGAGCACUCGCGGCACCAAAAUGCGCUACGGUCUCGACAACAACGUUGCGCCUCGCGAGGAUCUGUCCAAGUACGGCGAGGCGGCUGUCAAGGCGGGCAAAAUUAGCCAGCGUGCUCUGAACAAGCUGAAGCGUCAAGAGGCAGCGCACGCCAAUGCUGUCGAGGGGUAUCCUCUGUUUGUCGCGGCUAUGCUGCUGUCUGUGGUCGCUGGUGUUCCCCAUGAGACUAUCAACACCAUCGGUGUGUGGUACACCCUGUCUCGGGUCGCUUACAGCUUGUGUUACUCGCACAUUGAGUCUCGUAGUCUUAGCUACCUUCGCUCUGUGACCUGGUGGUCUGGUAACAUUAGCUGCAUCACUGGUCUGGUGUUGGCUGGCAAGAAGCUGUAA